AUGGAUGAUUUUAGUGUUUCAAACAAGCCUAAUUGCGAGAUUAGACGGAGCGAUCACGAGGUACAAAACAAGCCGGCUCCUUUAUCCCGUAUGUCCACCGCUUAUUAUCCUUCAUUUGCGGAUUCUAUGGACAAAGAAUCCUUAUUGGACCCAAAUUUAGAUACUGAAAAGAAUUUGAAACACACUAGUUACAUUCACCACUCGACUGGAAACAUAAAGGAUGGAUCAAAAUAUGAAGCAAAACCUUCACAAAAGUUCGCGAGCAAUUUAGAUAGGAAUAUAUCUAAGUCCAAAACUACUUGGAAUAUACCACCCCGGUAUGAACUUAAGCGACUCAUUGGUUCAGGUUCUUAUGGCCAAGUUAGCAAGGCAUAUGAUUCGAUUGAGAACAGGUAUGUGGCCAUAAAACGUAUCCACAAAGUGUUUGACGAUCUUGUAGAUUGUAAACGGAUACUAAGAGAAAUUGCAAUUUUAAAUCGGCUAGAUCACCCAAAUGUUGUUAAGUUGCUAGAUAUAAUCAUACCUAGUAACAUGGAGACUUUUGAUGAACUAUAUGUUGUACUUGAAAUUGCCGAUUCAGAUUUCAAGAAAUUGCUUCGUUCCUCAGCAUUUCUAACUGAAUCACACGUACGUACAUUGACUUAUAAUCUGUUGGUUGGUGUGCAAUAUUUACACAAUAUGGGUAUUUACCAUCGGGACUUAAAACCUGCUAAUUGUCUGGUAAACAAGGAUUGUUCGGUAAAAAUUUGUGAUUUCGGGUUGGCAAGAGCACUUAGUUCAAAGGGGUGUACAUUUAAUUCGGCAACCAGUUGCACUAGUGACAACUCUAGCAUUAUUGAUGCCAAUGACAGUAUUAAAUUAGAUACUGUUACACCGAAACCCGACAAAAAUAACAGUCAGUCAAAAACUUACAAAAAGCAACUAACUAGUCACGUGGUAACUAGAUGGUACAGGGCACCUGAGAUUAUUUUAUUGCAAGAUGAAUACACCCAAGCAAUAGAUGUCUGGUCAAUUGGAUGUAUCUUUGCCGAGCUAAUGAAUAUGAUCAAGGAAAAUAUUAACUCACCAAGUGAACGAUCUCCUCUAUUCCCUGGGUCAUUUUGCUUCCCUUUAUCACCGGAUCAUAAGAAUGACAAAAAAUAUAGAGAUGCAAAUGUCAAUAAAAAUGACAUUUUGGAAUGCAAUAAUCAGAGAGAUAUGGACCAAUUGAAUAUGAUCUUCAACGUCUUGGGCACUCCAUGGGAAGAUGAAGUCGAAUGUUUGGAAAAAGAAUAUGUAAAAAAGUACAUUCGUAUGUUUCCCCCUAGAUCUGGUAUUGAUCUUACUGAGAAAUUCAAGGGUUCAUCACCCGAGGCAGUGGAUCUGCUUAAGCAUAUGUUGGUCUUUAAGCCCGAGAAUAGGAUUACCAUUUCCCAAGCCCUGGCCCAUCCUUUCUUUGAUCCAAUAAGAAACGAUCAGAACUUCAAUACUAACAUCAGCAGCACUAACGCCUGUGGCGAUGGUUCUUAUGAUGGAGAGGAUGGGCCUUGUGCCUGGAAGAAAAUACAUUUACCGUUCAAUGAUUCCAUGGACAUGACUGAAUCUGAAUUAAGACGCGAGUUUUUGGUUGAAAUUAGGCGAUUUCACCCAGAACUGAUCAUACAUCCUUCAUUGGAAAAUAUCAAUGUAUAA